GUUUUACUUUUCUCAGGGUUAUGGUGUCAUAACAACUCACUUUGCAGAUAUUUAACCGAAUGACUAUGAACAAAUAUACAAAGAAAAUAUACUUCAAAAAAGAAGAAGUGAAGGAUUUAGGCCCAUCAGUAGAUUCAGAUGAUAUCGAACAAAGGAUUGCUGCUCGCAGACUGAGGAUAAAAAGCAGACUAGAACUCUUGAAAUCUGACCCAAAUACUACCACAGCCAAGGAGAAUACACACAACAUUGGGUUAGGAAGGUCUCAGCUUGAGCAGAGCAGUCAAAGGAUUGCCAAAUUAAUUCACGAUGGAGACUCGUUUGUCACUAACAUUCGAGUUGCAUGUGAUGCCCGCGAAAAUCUUAAAAGGGCUGAGGACCAUGAUAUUAAUCAAAUUAGGAUUCAAAACCUUGAAAGUGAUGCUGCUAACAGCUUAGAAUUGUUCAAUAAGAUAACUGAGCAAUGGGAAGUAGCACAAGAAUGUGAAUUAUUAAAUGAAACUAAAGAGCUGUUGGAUAAACAGAAAGAAUUGUGUACACAUUUGAUAGCUGAAAAGAAUAAACUUAUCAAUGAACUAAACUUGGAAGUUAAAGCAAAAGAUGAUCAUUAUGUAAGAGAGUUGAAGAAACGCACAGAAGAUAUUGAUUUAUUGGCUGAACGAAUGGAAUCACAGAUUAAAGCAAUGCAAAGAAUGUAUCGCGAAGAAAUUAUUGCUAUUGAAAAUGCAUUUUUAGAGCAAAGGGAGAAAUUAAUCAAUGAACAAAAUAGUGAAUGGGAGAUGCUUAUGAAAGAAAUUAGACAGAAACAAAUCAAUUAUUUAAAACAACACGGAGAACAAGUAUUUGAAUAUGAAAAAGAAUUGAACAAUUUACUUACUAAAUAUUCUGAAGAAUAUAAUGCCUUAAAAAUAUCACUGGGUUCUGAAGUAGAAACAUUGGAAAGUCAUCUGCAAAAAUUAAAAUCCACAUAUCAAUUGAAUUUAGAAAAAUUAGAGUAUAACUUUCAAGUUUUAAAACGACGUGAUGAAGAGAAUACAGUGAUUAAAUCAAAUCAAAAACGAAAAAUUACACGUUUACAGGAUACACUAAAUAAUUUGCAUAUUAAAUCAGUAAAACAGGAGAAACAAUAUAGUGCAGAAAAUGAACAAUUAUCCGAAGAUUAUAAGAAGAGAAUGGAGAAUUACCGUAGUUUACAAAAGAAAGCCAAGUUAUUGAUUGAUAGUGAACGUAGAAAUUUUCGGGAUAUUUGGAUAAUGAAUGAAGAGAACUUGAAGAAAUCAGCUAAUCGUUUAUUAGAUGCUCAUCGAAUUAUAACUGAACAACAACUUGGAUUAACAUGGAGUCCACCUGACACCUCAUUCAUGUGCAAUAUUGGACCUAUAACAGAAUCAGCGAAUAAAAUCAUUUGUAAGCCUCCAGCUGUAAUAGCAAUGGAAUUAGCUAUGAAAUCUGACGUAAAGAAGAUUCAUGAUCCACAAGAUGGUAUAUCAGAGAAUACUAUACCGAAAUCAUUGAAAGAAGUUUCACCAGAAAUUGUACAACAAUUUUUACACCUACUCUGUUAUGAACCUGAAUUUUUAAUUGAUGAAAAGAUGAAACGUAUUUUAAAACCAUUAGGACAUGAAGAAGGAUUACUAUUACGCUUAGAUACAAUAUUAACGGUGUUAGGUGUACAAACAGAAAAGGAUUUAGAUGAUUUAUUCACCUAUUUUAUCAAAAAUAAUACGCAUUUAUCAUUGGAAAAUGAACCAAUUUAUGGAAAACAAUUUUUGUAUACAGAGGAAAAAACUCAUCCUGAAGGUAUACCGUCAACAAUAACUGAAGAAACAAAUCAAAUUCAUGAAGUCAAUGAAAUUGACAGUCUUAUACAAGAUGAAUUAUUUAAUAAAAAUGAAAUAAAACCGACUGAAAGUAGAUGUUCAAUUAAAACAGAACAAGUUAUCGGUCAACAGGAUGAAGAGUCUACGCAUCAUUCGAAGACUAAUGGAUCAUCUAUUUGUCAAGAAGCUAUAGAAUGUGUAUCCAAUAUAACUUGUCAUGAUGGAAGUGAUGAAUCAAUUUUAAACGUUAACAAUGAAAAUAUUCAAUCAAAAUGGAGUUUAAUCUCUCCAAUUAAUGUAAUCGAUGCAAUACACCAAUUCACUGAGGAUAUGCAUCGACAUGAACUUCAAGAUGGAGUAAAAUCAAUUGGACAACCUAUUCAAUCAGAGGAUACAGAAGAAAACUUUUUAUUAUCUAAGCAAAAGAUAUCUGCAUUGAAUACAUGUGAUUGUAAAAAAGAAUCAAGUCAUUUCAAUGAAACUGAUACAGAUAUUCGUGAUGAUUCAUAUGAUUCAGAAUACUGGAAGAAAUAUGAACAGUGUAUCAUCACUAAAGAAUGGGAAUCCGUAUGGGAUAGUUUAUAUGUGGCUAUGGAAAGAUACUACAAUAUCCUAAAAUAUAGAGCUAAGUUAAUACAUGACACAGAGGGUCUAAGAAAACAGAAUGCUGAACUACGACAUCUAUUGGAACAGUAUAUGAAUUCAAAGGUCAAUUAUGAGUUGCAAAUCCCGCCGUCAAAAACAAUGGAAAUCGCGUGAAGGUUUCAUAGCUGUUGAAUGUUCGACACAUAUAUACAUAUAAUGUUUAUGCAUGAUUUUUUUUAAAUGAAAUGAAAAGAAGAGGUGAAAUGAAAAAGUUAUAGUUUUCUCAAAAGAAAAGUUAUUUUUCGAAAAUAAGUCACACCUUUCCGCUUGCAUUUGAAUGAAUUCCUUGCUAUCCAAAUACUUGUCAUUCAUCGCGAAAUAUAUUCAAAGUAAAAUUGUGUCAUUGUGGCAAUAAGAAAAGACGGAACACUUUACAGUGACAGUGUUAGUUGGCAUAAGUAUUAAUCCCAAACAAAGAUGAAAAACCUGGAAAAGAAGUCUAAUUGCACAGAUACUGCAAGACACUACUACCAUUCACGGUAGUAAUACUAUGUGCUUGUUGUAUAUUUCAAUUUCGUUGUUUUCUUCAUUUUGCCACAUACACAACAAAAAACAAGUCAAACAGGCCAACAGUUUGGUUGAAAAUCCAUUCUC